AUGACACAAAGCUGGAAGUGCGAUCAGUGCGGCCUCCCCGGCGUCCGCUUAGCCAAUGCCUCCAAUGACUCCACUAGCGCUUUCUACAAGUGCAUCCCUUGCAAUCGCUCCUUGGGCUCUUGCCCCUGCACCACACCCGGAUCCAGAACCACCUCAACAUGCCCGUGUGGCGAACGUGAACGCAGUGGCUCCGAAUCACCGGGCCUAGACGUCCCCCGUGGUGUCUCCAUGCUCUCCGAGGCAAGUCUCUACAACCCGGACUCUGGGUUCGAUGAGGACUGGGAGGCCAACUGCAAGCCUGGUUACAUGGUUUCCAGGUUCAAGGCUGCCGGCCACGAACUACUUUGGGCCUGA